AUGGAUCCAUACGCUUCUUAUGUCUGUCCUUCUGACUUUGGGGCCACCAGACUACAGCGCUCGAAUCCUCCCAUUGAGGAAUCAAAGCUUCUUCUUUCACAGCAGCAGCAGCAACAACAACAGUUGCCACCGUUUCGGGAGCUCCUAGGGCCCAAUAUUCAACCGACAGUUGACCCUAUAACAGCGAGUGAGUCUACGGCAGUUGCUCAAGCGAACAAUAUGACAAGGAGAACAUUUCAACCGCCGUUAAAAAUCGAGCCACCAUCGCCUGAACGAGCGCAGAAUGGAAACGGGAUUGAAUCUUUCGACAAUGUGUCUGCUCAAAGCGGUGACUCGGCAUAUACUGCCCAACGUCACCAUAGGCAGAACCCGUCCUGGAACUCGACUUCCCAAUAUACCGAGCUCGUUAGUCCAUAUGGCUCUCAACAACGUCCGCCGUGCACAAUUCAAACCCAAUUCCCGCCGUCCAGGGUGAGCCCGUGUUUGCCCUCUAUUCGAGAUUUCGACCGCUUGAAUACAUACAACCCUUCGUUCCCCUCAACGGCCUCAUAUGUAUACGGCGCUUCAGGUGGGCCCGCAAACGGGCACGAGAGCUACUCUUUCAAGACGGAGACGUCUUCUUAUUAUGACCCACCCCACCGAUAUGGACAGAGUUAUCCACAGACAAACAGGCCGAAUGCUCCACAGAUGGACUAUUCAAGGUAUCCGCCCUCGCUCUACGAGUACCGUGGCGGUGUUACCUACCCAUCACCCUAUGCGGGCGAUUAUCUCCCGUCGCCGACGGGCUCACAUCAUCCCGUCUCCCCAACCGUGUCAAGUGAGGGAUGCGGUCUUCCCGGGAGGAGGAGGAGGGGCAAUUUGCCCAAACCUAUUACGGACUAUUUGCGGCAGUGGUUCCUGGCGCACCUGGACCAUCCGUACCCGACGGAGGAGGAUAAGCAACAAUUUGCUCAGACGACUGGUCUCACCCUUGCCCAGAUCAGCAACUGGUUUAUUAAUGCCAGAAGACGCCAGCUCCCUGCGCUGCGGCACCAGGUUCGAGAGAGAGCCUCACAAACGUCGACAGCUGAAUAUGAGUCAGAGCAGAGUUAUGUGGGAUGCGAAGGUGAAAACGGGUGGCUGGGAUUGGUCUACGGAAUGAUGCCACCUGAGGCACUGAAAAGCAUGGCUUUGUCGUUUUCUGCAUCUCGGGCACUCUACCCCAGUCGGAGCGGUCUUUUUGGAAUGUCGGGUAACUUUGAAGGGUUAUUGGUAGUCUGCGGUGCGGUGAUCUUUCAGCGGCAGGACACGGUCCCCGUCUAUGUGAAGAACGACUCGACACCCAUGCAGGAGCCGGGUGGAUGGCAGGCGGUAUUAAUGGGACGGGAUCACUGA